AUGCGUCUGCAAACCACCGCGGAUGCACUCCGUUGCAAGACCUUCCCCAUGUUUCUGAAGGGUAAGGCCCGGCUCUGGUUCCAGGGCCUGGCACCGGGGUCUAUCCGGAGUUUCACCGAGCUGGCCAGACAGUUCGCCACCCAGUUCGUCUCCUCGAAGACUUACUCAAAAAACGCGGCUCACCUGAUAGCCGUCAAGCAGAAGCCAGACGAGUCCCUGAAGAAUUUCAUGACUCGCUUCAACACAGAAAGCCUGCAGAUCAGGGACAAGGAUGAAAAGGUGGUCAUGCCUGCCUUCAUGAACGGGUUAAGGGUUCAGGAACUCUACUACAAGCUUGCCGAACAGCCCCCCAAAAAUCUGGAAGAGCUCUUGACCCGGGCUCACGCCGCCGCCAACGCAGAGGAGGCCGCCCGCCUGAAACGAGAGUCAGAUCGGGAACUCGGGGAUCGGAGAGGACGGGGGAAUCCCCCUGAAACCAAGGACGGACAGGCCAGGAAGAACGUCUUCGAUCGCCUCUCCAAGGAUAAAGCCCACGCUCAACCGCCACUCCCGGAAAAAGGGUAUACCCCCUGA